GAUCUUUGCCCUGUGGCGUCUCAGUCUCCACGACAUUGCCUUCCUGUUUUUACGGUUACUGGCUGUUCUGUUCCACGUCCCAGGGAAGUGAACCACUGUGUCCCUGCACAGGAUGGAACUGAAGGGGAAGGUCGCGUUGGUGACGGGAGCAGCACUGGGCAUUGGGAAAGCGAUUGCUGAAAUAUUACUGAAGAACGGAGCUAAGGUGAGUUUACUCGACUGCAACCAGCCGGAGGGCGAGGCAGCGGCUGCUGCAUUGGGGCAGCUCUACGGACCAGAGAACGUCCUUUUCCUGCACUGUGAUGUGACGUCUGGGAGGCAACUGGAAGAAUGUUUCAGCAAAACCUUGGAAACAUUUCAGAGGUUGGACAUUGUGUGCAACAACGCUGGCAUCUUUGAUGAAAGGAACUGGGAAAAGUGUGUUAGUAUAAACCUGGUCGGCAUGAUCAGGGGAAGCAAACUGGCCCUGCAGCACAUGAGCAAGGAGAAGGGAGCGGCAGGAGGCGUGAUUGUCAACGUGGCUUCACUGGCAGGUACAUGCUGCAGGAACGACUGCUUAUCUGUGGCAUCGGAGCUCAGUGUUGGUGCAAGACAAGCGUGGAGUGGUGGAUAUUACCCCAUGGAAGGCGGUCCAGUUUACACGGCCACCAAGUAUGGAGUGGUGGGAUACACCAAAGCCCUCUCUCUGGACUGUAUGAAGAAUCAUGGAGUUCGGGUAAACGCACUGUGUCCCUCGAUCGUUGACACUCAGCUUGUGAGGAGUCAGGAAGGAGAUGGGAGGAAGGUCAUGGAUAAUUUGAUUGAAAAGUUGGGGACACUUCUGAUGCCUGCCCAGAUUGCAGAGGGACUCUUGGAACUGGUCCUGGAUCAGAGCAGGAACGGGGCGAUGAUGAAGAUGUUCCACGAUGGCAGGAUUGAGUAUGAAGACCAAGCUGAGGUUCAGCCAGCAGAGGCCUGAAACCCACAAAGAUCCAAGGCACUGCGCCGACCAGGCUCCAGAAUAAAACCUUAGUUUGCGAAAG